UCAUGUCAUUACCCUAUAAAUAAAGCCACAUUUUUUCUGCAUAUUCAAGCACACCAACUUCAAACACAUAUAGCUCUAUUAUCAGCAAGGGAAGAAAAAAUAUGAACUCCCUUCGUCUCAUAGGCACAGCUCUGUGCUGUGUUGCAAUUGUGUUUGGAGGAUUAACCUUCCCCUCAAAUGCACAACUUGAUCCAUUUUUUUAUAGUCAAACUUGUCCCCAAUUGCAGUCUAUUGUAUAUCAAAUCUUAUUCAAAGUUGCUCAGACAGAUGCCCGAAUGCCUGCUAGUCUCAUCAGGCUCCACUUUCAUGAUUGCUUUGUUCAAGGCUGUGAUGCAUCAGUUUUGUUGAACAAAACUGAUACCGUUGUGACUGAACAAGAUGCCUUCCCAAAUAUCAACUCCUUGAGAGGUAUAGAUGUUAUAAAUCAGAUCAAAACAGCUGUGGAAAGUGCUUGUCCAAACAAAGUUUCUUGUGCUGAUAUUCUUACACUUUCUGCUGCAAUAUCUUCCGUUUUGACAGGAGGUCCAGGUUGGUUGGUUCCAUUGGGAAGAAGAGAUAGUUUAACCGCAAAUCAAACUCUCGCUAAUCAAAAUCUUCCAGGUCCAUCAUUCAGUUUACCUCAACUGAAAUCGGCUUUCGCUAAUCAAGGUCUCACCACGCUUGAUCUAGUAUCACUCUCAGGUGCUCACACAUUCGGAAGAUCGCGCUGCGUUUUAUUCAGUGAUCGAUUGUACAACUUCAGCAGCACUGGCAAACCUGAUCCAACUCUUGAUCCAGUUUACUUAAAAGUAUUACAAAAGCAGUGUCCUCAGAACGGACCUGGAACGAACCGUGUCAAUUUUGAUCCAACAACUCCUGAUAUAUUGGACAAAAACUACUACAACAAUCUUCAAGUUAAGAAGGGUCUGCUUCAAAGUGAUCAAGAAUUGUUCUCGACACCAGGUGCAGAUACUAUUGGCAUUGUCAACAAUUUUGCCAAUAACCAGAAUGCUUUCUUUCAGAAUUUUGUGAAUUCGAUGAUUAAAAUGGGAAAUAUUGGUGUGCUUACGGGAAAGAAAGGUGAAAUUAGAAAACAAUGCAAUUUUGUUAAUCCGAAGAAGAAAUUAUCUGAGUUGGAUAUUACUACUGUGACCUCUACAGAAUCAAUUGAGGGGGGUGUGGUUAGUUCUAUGUAAGUGUUUUGAGGGUUCUUUUAGUUGGAAAUUGGAAUAAAGAAGGGAUAAGCUAGGUACAUUUGUGCCAUAAGCUUUGUGUUAUGUGCCUUGUGUGUGUAAGAUAAUCUUCUUUUUUAUGUAAUGUUUUAAAUAAUAUCCACUCUUUCUAUUACAACUUACAAGCUCUUGUGUCUUAGCAUUGAUAGAA